UUUCACUCUGCUUAUGUAUGCCAUAUGCUACAGCUGCAUGAAAUGACACAUUUCAGUGUGGAGUCACAAAAGAGAUUAUAAGUUGCAGUCUAUCACUUUACAGAUGAGUGCAAAGAAUUAAGAACUGCCGAUUAAAACAAGUUUACUAAUUUCAAUCUUCAAAGGAAUCAGACAGAGAAGGCGCUACUUUUUUUAAGAGAUAAUUUUUUAACUCUUACUUUGUUCUUUCAAAACUCUAUCCAAGUAACCUUCAAAAGAGGAACUUAUGAGUAUGCUUAACAGCUGCAUAACCCAACAGAACCAUACCUCAAAUGGCACAGUGCUGGACUCUUCAGAGAAACUCCACGCUGUUCUGAUAGUCCUGUACAUCAUUAACCUGGCUGGCGGCACCCUCGGGGUCAUCAUGAUGUCCCAGCAGCUGUUUCAAAGGAGAUCCCAAUCUGUGAUGACCAUCAUGAUCAUCAGCCUCCUGGUGCUGCACAGCUUCAUGCUCCUCAGCAUCCCAUUCCGCCUCAGCUACUACAUUUUGGGGGAGUGGAAAUUCGGGAGGUUUGCCUGCAGGCUGGCGAGCGCCAUCAUCUACCUGCACAUGUACGCCACCUUUGCCUUUUACUCGGCCAUCAUCGUAGCGCGCCUCCGCCGCCUGGAGUUUCGCAAGUGCUACACUGCGGCCUGGGUGGGGGCAGUCUGGCUGCUGGGAGCACUGGUGGUCACGCCUGUUCUCCUCUCCUACUACGGCACCUCGAAGACUUACCGCUCCUGCGAGUGCUUCCAGUUCCACAAGGAGCUGCAGGAGGCUCACAUGGUGAUCGCGAACUACUGCCUGGUUGGGAUUUUGGUGGCAGCGUGUGCUGUGCUCACCGGAAUCCAGCUGACUGUGAUCUAUAGGGUAGCCAUGAAAUACUGGCCUGACAUUAACUCUCACGUGGAAUUCAGGGCUCAGGCAAAGAGUUUCUUCUUCAUCUUGGUAACAUUAGUCUGCUUUAUGCCUCAUCAUGUGUUCAGAGUAUAUUACAUCCAAAACUAUGACCUUGAUAAAGACCAUAAACUACUCCUAUACAAUGAGGUUUUUUUAGCUUUAGCAACAAUGUGCUGCCUGGAUAUGUUGUGCUUCAUAGCAGGAAUAGCCCACUGAACUGUGAGCUAGCAGGAA